UUUAGCGUUCGUAUCCAUGUGGACGUGCAAAUAACUUUUUGCUGAUCUGAUACUACUAUUCGUGUAUUACCAAUUUUGGAGCUCGAAAGAUUGUAAGCCAACACUUUUUCUAGUGAAUCACGUAAAAAAAAACUCAAUAUUCAAAAUGUUUGGACCAGGUUCAGCUCCUAUUGUAGUGCUUAGUCAAAAUACUAAACGUGACUCUGGUAAAAAAGUUCAAAAAGAAAAUAUUCAAGCUGGAAAGGCAAUAGCCGAUGUAAUUAGAACAUGUUUGGGACCUCAAGCUAUGUUGAAAAUGUUGAUGGACCCAAUGGGUGGUAUUGUCAUGACUAAUGAUGGAAAUGCUAUCUUGCGGGAAAUAACUGUACAACAUCCUGCUGGAAAAUCAAUCAUUGAAAUAGCUCGUACUCAAGAUGAAGAAGUAGGAGAUGGAACUACAUCUGUUGUUAUUCUAACUGGAGAAAUCCUUACUAAGGCGGAACCAUUUUUAGAUCAAGGAUUACACCCUACGACUAUUAUAAAAGCCUAUAAGUUGGCCCUCGAAGAUAUGAUAGCUAUUGCAAAAGACGAGUUGAGUGUAACAUUAGAUAUCAACGACCACGAAAAAUUAGCUGAAGUUAUAAAAUCGUGCGUAGGUACCAAGUUCAUAGGAAGAUGGUCCAAAUUAGUCUGUGAAAUUGCUCUCAAAGCAGUUCGAAUGAUUUCAAGUAAACAGGUUGAUCAUCAAGAGAUCGACAUUAAGCGUUACAUAAAGGUUGAAAAACUUCCUGGCGGUUCUAUUGAAGAAAGUCAUGUUGUAUCAGGUAUCAUGAUCAAUAAAGAUGUUACCCACCCUAAAAUGAAAAGAUACAUCAAAAACCCCCGUAUCGUCCUGCUGGAUUGUCCAUUGGAAUACAAAAAAGGUGAAUCUCAGACAAACAUUGAAAUUCUCAAAGAAACUGACUUCACUAGGAUUCUGGAACUUGAAGAGGAAUACGUAAAAAAAUUGUGCGAUGAGAUAAUUGCCGUUAAACCUGAUGUUAUCUUCACUGAAAAGGGAGUUUCUGAUCUUGCACAGCAUUAUUUACUGAAAGCCAAUAUUACAGCUAUACGCAGACUCCGCAAAAGUGAUAUGAAUAGAAUAGCAAGAGCUUGUAAUGCCACGAUAGUUAAUCGCACAGAUGAACUCAAAGAAAAUCAUGUUGGAACUGGAGCCGGAUUAUUUGAGAUUAAGAAAAUUAAUGAUGAAUAUUUUUGUUUUGUAUCUGAAUGCAUUGAGCCCAAAGCUUGCACCAUAGUUCUCAGAGGUGCCAGUAAAGAUGUUUUGAACGAAGCAGAAAGAAAUAUACAGGAUGCUCUUCAUGUAGCUAAAAACUUGAUUCUCGAGCCCAAGUUGGUACCAGGUGGAGGAGCAAUUGAAAUAUCUUUAUCUCGAGCUCUUAACGAAAAAGCUACCACUCUGGCUGGAGUCGAACAGUGGCCAUAUAAAGCAAUUGCUGAAUCAUUAGAAAUUAUACCGAGAACUCUAGCUCAAAACUGUGGAGUCAACACUGUUCGUAUUUUAACCGAAUUAAGAUCCAAACAUUCAUCAAGUGGUAAUUCAUGGGGCAUUCAAGGAGAAACUGGAAAAGUUGUUGAUAUGAGCGUUCAUGGUAUUUGGGAACCUCUAUCAGUAAAACUCCAAACAUAUAAAACUGCUAUUGAAACAGCUAUUCUGUUAUUACGCAUUGAUGAUAUUGUUUCCGGCAGUAAAAAAUCAAGUGGAAACGACGCAUCUCAGCAACCAUCGCAGAUUACAGAGGAGAGCAUGAGGGAAUAAUAAUUUUAUUUUUACGAUGGUGAAAAUUAACCAAUCUGUAUCACUGAUUCAAUUCUAAUAAAAUCGAUCUUGUUUAAUUCUUUA